AUGUGGCAUAAUAACAAAACUAAACUAAAAUGCACCGACUGUUUGGGCACUGAUCUGAACCGUAACUAUAGUUUCCAUUGGGGCGGUGAGGGCUCGAGUCAUGACCCGUGCGAAGAGAACUACUCGGGGCCCAAACCAUUCUCGGAGCCCGAGUUCAGAGCGGUCUCGAGCCUUAUCUUAGACAACAAACACCGUCUAAUGGCUUAUAUAACACGGCAUUCCUAUGGCCAGUAG